GGAACGCCACGUUUGAGAUGGCCCAACCACCGUUCUCUUGGAGAAAAGAACCCGAGAGUCCACCGGCGCUGCCGACAGCGUAGCGUCCACCUUCCGCCUCCAGUCCGCUGCGUAAAAUCCGGCCGUCUAGAUGGCUCUCCGGCGCAUCGCCGGCGCGCCGACGUCUUCCUCCUUCUUCAAGUCCUUCACUACUGUUCUCCCACUGGCAGCGGAGACCGCGUCCGCCUCCCCGUCCUACCUUGCCCACCACCUGCUCGACGAAUUCUCCCGCCCGCGCGCCUCCCGCGACGGGGAGCGCCUCCGCCGCCUCGCCGCCCACCUCACCGCGCCCGCGGUGGAAUCCGUCAUCGCGCGGCUCCCCUCCUGGCGCCACGCGCUCGACUUCUUCCGCUGGGCCGACGAGCAGCCGGGCUUCCGCCACUCCUGCUACUCGUUCAACGCCAUGGCCUCGCUCCUGCGCCGCCGCCAGCCCGCCCACCUCGACCGCCUUGCCGCCGACGCGCUCGCCGCGGGCUGCCCCAUGACGCCCGGCGCGCUGGGGUUCCUCCUCCGCUGCCUCGGCGACGCCGGGCUUCCUGACACUGCCUCUCGUGUCUUUGACAGCGCGAGGGCGCGCCUUAGCUGCACUCCCAACUCAUACACCUUCAACUGCCUUCUUGACGCGCUGGCUAAGGCCGGCCGCGCAGACGACGCGGAGGCAAGGCUCCAGGAGAUGCUGGUGAAAUGCGGGGAUGGAAGUGUCGACAAGUACACCCUCACCUCACUCCUGCAGUGCUACUGCAAUGCAGGCCGUCCAGAUGACGCCAACGACGUGUUCCAAAGGAUGAGCCAGCAUGGGUGGGUGGACGAGCAUGUGCUGACGAUGCUGGCGGUGGCGUUCAGCAAGUGGGGGAAGGUGGACGGGGCGGUUGACCUCGUGGGGAGGAUGGAAGUGUUGGGGAUGAGGCCGAGUGAGAGGACACUUAGCGUGCUGGUCCAUGGGUUUGCAAAACAGCGCAGGAUCGACAAGGCCAUCGAGAUGUUUGACAAGAUGGCCGCUUAUGGUUAUGUUGCCGAUUUGCCAAUGUACGGCGUGUUAAUUGAGGGUCUCUGCAGGCAGAAGCAAAUAGGAAAGGCGGUGAAAAUAUUUGAGGUAAUGAAGAGCAGUGAGGUUGUUCCUGAUGUCCGCUUACUCAAGAAUAUGAUUGAGGCUUUCAUUCAUGAAGGAGAUUUUGACAUUGUUGGCCCGUUUAUCAUUGAAAAUGCUGGGAAGUUGAAACCCAGUGAUGUUACCACACUGUACAAUGUGGUUCUACAAGGUCUUGUUAACCACGGGCAGGUAGAAGCAGCUUAUCAGUUGCUCACCUCAAGGGUACGUGGUGUUCAGGGGAUUAGUGAUGGUUUGACUGUUGGUGCACAUGUGUUCGAUAUUGUGCAGGAUGUGAAGCCAAACUCUGAUUCCUUCAAUAUUGUUGUGUGUGGCCUUUGUAAGGUUAAGAAGCUGGAUGAUGCCUUAGCUCUCGUAAAGGAUAUGGUUGGCUUUGGCAGCAAGGGAAAGCUAUUGAUGUUUAAUGAUUUGAUCCAUGAGUUGUGCAAUUUAGAUAGGUUGGAUGAAGGAUACAAAUUGUUUAACCAAAUGAAGGAUCUUGGUGUGAUUCCUUCGGAGUUCACAUAUAAUUCAUUAUUUUAUGGCAUUUGUAGGAGAAAGGAUCCAAAUGGUGCCUUUGAUUUACUGAGGGAGAUGUGCACCAAUGGACAUAAACCAUGGAUAAAGAACUGCACAGAGAUGGUGCAACAGCUUUGCUUCAGUGGCAGGAUAACAGAAGCUCUUGGCUUUCUAGAGGAAAUGCUCAAAAUGGGUUUUCUUCCUGAUAUCGUGACAUACUCCGCAGCCAUGAAUGGACUGUGUAAAACCGGUGAGGUGGACAAUGCUUUAGGACUCUUCCGUGACAUUUCUGCCAAAUUUUAUCUUCCUGAUGUGGUAGCACAUAAUAUCUUGAUAAACGGGUUCCGUGUAUCAGGUAAAUUGAAUGAGGCGCAAAAAAUUAUGGAAGAGAUGUUGGAGAAGGGUCUGUUUCCUUCUGUUGUUACCUACAAUCUUAUGAUUGAUGUUUGGUGCAAGUCUGGCAAUAUUGAAAAAGCUGUUGAUUGCUUAAAUAAAAUGGUUGAUGAAGAAAAGUCGCCCACAGUAGUUACAUACACAAGCUUGAUAGAUGGAUUCUGCAGUGCUGGAAGACCUGACGAAGCCAUUGUUUUGUGGCACAAAAUGAGUGCUAAAAGUUGUGCUCCAAAUAAGAUAGCAUAUACUGCUUUUGUAAAUGGAUUGGGCAAGUGUGGUCGAGUAGAGACUGCACUGACCUACUAUGAGGAGAUGAUGACGAAAGGUUUUGUGUUAGAUACCUUUUCCUGCUUAUAUUUUAUAAAUGCUUUGAUAUCAAAUGGGAAUACAACUAAAGGAUGUGAACUUUUGAAAGAGGUUCUUCAAAGGGACAUGACACAGGGUGAUGAUUUGAAAAUGGUAGGAUUGAUAAAUAAAGCAGUUGAAGAGUUGUCUAAAGAUGAAAGAACUUCUCCAGAGAUCAGUAUACUUGUAGAGAAAGGUUUAAUUUCAAGGGCUCAAACUAUGGGCAAGAAAGAUGGAAACAACUGACAUUUGUUGCUGGCACGAGUUUUGGAUGAUUUCCUCAAGUCCUUGUCUCUAACCAGGAAGCCCUUUCCUGCUGCUAGCAGAUUGUUCUUGCUUUCUACAUGCCUUUUCCUGCUGCGUGCAACUACUUUCUCAAGGUGUUCCUCAUGGUUGUGCUUCUGAAUUGGAUGGACACCUUUUGGUUCAAAUAUGGUUUAUAGGCCCCAGUAUCCAAGACUUCAAGUCUUGAGUCAAAUACCGUAUGUAAUUGUAGAACUAAAUGUGAUAUGGUGUAUGUGAAGGCUGCGGAAUUUGCUAAGAGAAAUAUGGAAGGAUUGUACUGUGGCUGAUGCUUUAAACUCUGGGCUGGCUUUCCUUUAGAAGAAGGCUUUAUGAUUAAAGUCUCUCACAUUGGGAGGAGAUUAAAAAAUGCCGAGUCUAUGGUGUUGAAUGAUAUUCCUGAUAAGGAUUCUGGGCACCUCUUAUUGUCCUAGGAAUUUGUGGCAAAGCUCGACAUGGCUGUAUGCUUUCUUGCCGGGCGGGUCCAAAUUCUAUAUGAUGUGUAUUGCACCUGUUUGCUGGGGAAUAUGGAAUGUCCGCAAUAAGGUUUACUCAAAAGCGAGGAGCAAGGCGUCUUCAGGACCGGAGUCGAGACAUUGAUGAACAAGGCUACCACUCUUGCGUCUCUCAUGAGCUGACGGAAAAUCUAACGGUCAAAGGCCUUUGACCUGACAGAAAAUAUACGGAAGGGCAUUUCUAUAACCGCACUUAACGAAAGAGGGGCAAAUUUGAGCACACUUCGGAAUUAGAGGCAAAUUUGAGUAGGUGGUUCGAGUUAGGGGCUGAAAUGUAAAUGACCCUUAAUUAUACCUCCAGAGCCGGAUUAGCACCGUUUUGAUGUAAAUUUAAUGAAAUCCGUCAUGUUUAUAUGAAAUCUAGACAUGUUUGAA